AUGCCCGCGCCUGCCAGCGUGGACGCCAUGCGGGCCACUCAGUGGGUGCCACGUGGCACUGACUCCACAACCCGUGACUCUAACGAGGGUGAUUCAAACGAGGGGAUCGGCUGCAUGGCAGCAGGGCCGUUUCAGGUGGAGCAUUGCUUGGCGAUGGAAGGGGUGGAAGCUGCGAGUGGGAAGGGAAGAGUGAGAGUGCGUGUUGUGCAGCAAUUCACACCAGUGAAUGCAGCAGCAGGAGGAAGAGGAGGGGGAAGAGAAGGAGGAAAGGGAGGAGGAAACGAAGGGAGAGGAGCAGGAGCUGUAGCGGUGCCUCGGCUUGCCAGCCUGGCAGUGCACAGGGAGAAGUGGGUGGAGCCGUUUUCAGGCGGCGCUGAGCUGGCGGAUGGAGCAGCACUGUUCAGUUCGGAGAUGGUUGAGGAGGGGGAGGGGACAGCCAUCCAUCUCGUCAUCACUUGUUGCUCUGGAGUUGACAGAGCCAAUCCAAACGGAGUGUCAAGGCAGAUGGAGACCUCUGCUUUGGAGGAUGGGACGCUCAUGCUGCUCCCAGAGUCCCGCCUCUCAAGGAGAUGUCUAAGGGAGAUUUUGAGGCGGCGAGAGGGUGACAGAAUAUCAUCAACGGCGGCGGCUGCGCGGCCUUCGAAUAUCGAUUAUGAGGCGCCCUUCCCCCUCCCUCCAGGAGCUGUCCAAGUCCCGCCUCUCAAGGAGCUGUCCAAGGUGUGGGAAAUCGACAUUGUCAACGGCGGGGACUGCGCGGACACGUAUAACACCCAGGUGGUGCGCGAGUGCGACACGGAGGGCUUCAUCGUCUCCAUCACCCCAACGUCCCUGAUCACCCAACAGGGCUUCAGCACCAUUCCAGAUGUCAUCACCAACCUCACACGACUCACCUCCCUAGACCUGGGGUUCAUCCCCGUUAGAGGCACCCUGCCCGCCAGCAUGGGCAACAUGACCAACCUGCAAAAGCUAACAAUCAUGCAGGUGGCAUCGGGCAGCAUCCCGGCCUCCUUUGGCAACAUGGCCAGCCUGCAAUCACUGAGCAUCAGCGUGAGUGACUACGACACCACAGGUGACGCCCUCACAGGGCCCAUCCCCGAAACAUUCUCAAACCUUAAGAACCUCACCUCGCUCGACCUCACCAACAACAACAUUGGACCGCUCACCGACAGCAUUGGCACCAUUCCCAACCUGGAGUACCUCACUCUCACGGGCAACAACUUCACAGGCAGCACCAUUCCCAGCACCAUCACCGCCCUUACAAACCUCGUUGAGCUGAGCCUCGACUACACAGGUGUGGGUGGCUCCAUUCCAUCCGGCCUCGGCUUGCUAACUGAUCUUCAGACCCUGAGGCUCGAUGGCAACAAGCUGACUGGCACGCUUCCAGCCACUCUGGGCGCACCACAGCUCUUCACCCUCAACUACGACUCUACUGUGGCCUGCCCUGCCAGCAACACCUCGUGUGUGGUGGAGCAGAGAGACGGCAGCGAGUUCUGCACCGCCUGUGCUGCCUUCUGCAACUCCUGCAUCCCUCCUGCCCCUGCCCCAGCGUCCGAUGCCCCACCAUCCAUUGCCCAACCAUCCGAGGCACUCCCAUCCGAGGCAACCCCAUCCCAAGCAUCCCCAUCCGAGCCUCCGAUCGCUCCUCCCAUCCCUGCAUCACCCUCCGAGUCUUCCCCUUCCCCUCCUCCUCCCCCCCCUCCUCCUGUUGAGCCUCCUCCAACCAACCCUGACGGCAGCACCACCACCACCACCAUCACCAACACCAACACCAACAACAACAAUGCCAACGCCAGCGCCAAUGCUUCCUCCUCCAGCUCGGGGCUGUCCACAGGAGCCAUCGUGGGCAUCGUGGUGGGCGUGCUGCUGCUGGUCGUUGGCGUCGUUGCUGCUGUCUUCAUCAUCAUUCAGUGUGGCAACAGGUCCAAAGAGGUGGAGGUGGAAUAUACGACUCAAGCUGCAGCAGCAUACGCAGGGGAUAACCAGUACAAGCCGCCUCAGGGUGCUUAUGCUGGUUACCAGCCUGGUGCUGCCGGCCAGGUGUAG